AGUCGCGAUAGUAACGUAAUAUCGCGAGUUGCUGAAUAUCUUUCGUCGUUCAUCGCGCGAUAUGUGUACACGCGUAUUUAAAAUUCUCCUGUUGACGCUUCCCCGUUUUUUUCAUUUUGUUUUAGCGCGAAAACGUGUUUUCGUUUAGAUCGAUUUUAUUGGCUCGAAGACGCGGCGUUUUACGGGGAUUCCUUUGCUUUCUGUAUACUUUUAAUUGAACGGAGCGCCGUUGUUAUUUUCAUUGCAAAUACAAAGUUUACAUAAGAAGAGUAGCAAACCGGAAUUUGUGUCAUUCAGUUCCAAAGGUCUUAGGUAUUUUCCUGCGUGCAUGCGUUUGCAUUCAUUACUUCUCUUUGUCGGUAUCGCUAAUUUAGAAAAAAUGUAUGACCCGAAGAACGCGCUACUAAAUGAACUUGUUGUUAGGUCGAGAAGAGCAGUUUUGGAAAAUGAUAAUUCAGUACUGAAUUGAAUGAAUAAAGGAAUGGCUAGUUUGAUGGUAACAGCAACAAGUAAGAAUAGUUCACGCAGUACAUCACCCAACAGAGGAAAUACAUUGACCUCGCCUCAACAAUUAUCAGCCACUUUGGAUCAUCCUUCAAAAUUCCCAAACAGGGGAGGGUAGUACAGGCAGUGGAAGUAGUGGAGGUGGAGGUAGUGUCACCAUGAAAGGUAGUAGGCAAAAAUCACCAGGAACGGUGAUUCGAAUAGGAGAUGCUAUGGAUGAAGCAAAUACCAAUUUAAUCACUGCCGAACCAGAUGAGUUUGUGCCAAAUAUUCACCUACCAACUGAUGAUGAAGGAGAUCAGUAUCAUGCGACUCAAACGUUCCUAUCAAAUGAAUCCUCUGAAUUAAUAACUGAUGAUGUUGAUGCAAGUUCUGCUAGAGUUUGUCAAGCUAUUGAACACAUCCAAAACAAGAUUGCUAAAACACGGGAGCUAAUAAGAAUAGAACAAACCACGCGUGAUGAAAAUGUAAAUGAAUAUUUAAAAUUAGCUGCUAAUGCUGAUAAGCAGCAGCUUACUCGAAUUAAGGCAGUAUUUGAAAAAAAGAAUCAAAAAUCAGCGCACAGUAUUUCUCAAUUACAGAAAAAGUUGGACAGUUAUACAAAAAAGUUAAAAAAUUAUGAACUAAAUGGAGCACCUACAAGUCAUAGACAACCUAGGGAAGUACUACGUGACAUGGGACAGGGGCUUAAAAUCACUUCCAGAAACGUGGGUGGCAAUAUUAGGGAUGGAAUCACUGGGUUUUCAGGGACUGUUAUGUCGAAGCCACGCGAAUUUGCACACUUAAUAAAAAAUAAAUUUGGAAGUGCUGAUAACAUAAAUACAUUAUCACUUGAAAGUAAUGGCUCGACUUUUUAUGUAAACGAUACACCGCGUGCAGGUAAUGGAGAUAACGCUAGUGUUGAAGAUGAUAAGACGCAUCAUGGAUCAGCUACACUUCCUGGUGGCUGUAGUUUGGGAUCAACUCAUAGCGCAGCGGCAAUGAAAUUUCCAUCGGAAGAAGGUUCAGAGUGCUCUAGUGUUACAAGUGAAAGUGGACCUGGGAGUAGAGGACAAGCACACACGUGCGACAGUAAUAACGCUGGACUUAAUCUUAAAUCUAUAUUCUUAGAACUACAAGAAUACAGGGAAAGUUUUGAUAGGAUGAGGGAAAAAUUGGAAGAAUUGAAGAAUUUACAACAAGAGGUGGCAUUUCUUUCCCAUGCAUUGCAAGAGGAACGGUUUAGAAGUGAGCGUCUGGAAGAACAAAUUAAUGAUCUAACCGAAUUGCAUCAAAAUGAAGUAGAAAACUUGAAGCAAACAAUAACAGAUACAGAAGAAAAAGUGCAAUACCAAAGUGAAGAUCGUUUAAGAGACAUACAUGAAAUGUUGGAGAGUUGUCAAACAAAAAUUUGUAAAAUGGAACACCAACAACAACAACACCAGUAUGUCAGUCUUGAAGGUGUAGAUAGUAGCAAUACGAGGGCAUUAGAUGUAAAACUCGUAAAUGUAGUAUUAACAGUGUUGCAAGUUAUUCUACUUCUUGUUGCAACAUGUGCUGGUAUAAUGAUGCCUUUUCUAAGGACCAGCUGUACUAAGCCUCAUUGUUUCAUGUGCAGGGUGCGCAUAUUAACGACAACAUUAGUUGUGUUGGGCAUAGUAUUCGUGCUCAAACAAUGGCCUGAGGUACACGACGUUGGCAGUCACCUCAUGCGCCAUCUUAAACAGACGCUCACCGAGAUGAUUAGACGUUAAGUAGCAUCGGUGGUAUGCGUAAAAUUUACUAUGCCCUGUGAUGAAGAAAAGUUGUACACAAUGAUCAACAUUUUGGAUCCGUUUAUCAGUGCUGUAGUUUUGGAGCAAUAAUAGUAGGUAUAUGCGCAGACGACUUUAUAUCUAUACUAGAAGGUAACGAUGUGCUGAGGUAGUGAACUCAGCAGAACUUUAAACAAAGAACUGUGUCCUCGCGGAUCCGUUCCAGUUAUAAUUGUUGGAUCAAAAAUUGUUUGAAAUAUUUAAAAAACUUUCUGGACUGAUCUUCAAAAAUGAAAACCAAUGUGAAAGAGGACUCUUUUGCUCAGCAUUAGAGUGUCACUUUCCUACUAUCGUUAGAUACUUCUUGUUAACUAUUGGGUGGAAAGUCUCUUUAUAGUCCUGCUAAGUUUACCACCUCGCUAUAUCGAUAUCUCUAAGUAUACCUCGAAUUCGAUCAUAUUCACCAUUACUGUACUAAAUCAGAUGAGUGAUGAAGACUAUUUGAUACUGUUGACAGAACUAUGAUAAAAAAAAGCAUAUUUUGCUGUGCAAAAAUGUUUUGCUUAGGAGAAAAAGAUUUUUUAGGGGUGAAAAAGUAAGAGUGUAUUUUAUCUUUCGUAAAUUUAAUUUCUCUCUCCUUCUAUUUGUCUGAAGAAUUUUAUUUAAAAAAGAUACAAGCAUUUGACGCGAUCAAUUGCAUGUGUACAAGUAGCAAAGAAAUAAUUAUAAUUUGUAUGAAACUAAAAUAACUGUUAUGGAGUAUAAAAGGGGCAAAAAGUAGAACGCUGUACACUGAUAUUGCUUGAUUAUAUACGGCAGAUUAUUAGGAGAAUUUACUCUCAUAUAGUGUCAUCAAGUAAUGAUCACGUUCACUUUUUCAUGAGUCAUUGAUUAACACAAAAUUAGAAGAAAUUUUUGAAUGAGUGAAUGCACUCACUUAAAGUUAGAGGAAGAAGUGUUUUAUCAUCAGUGUCUGUGGGUGGUGCCUUUAUUAAAAUUAAAAUUAUUACGUUUGAUGUUACAGUAAAAGCGAGUCAUUUACGAGAUACAUGAUUCUAAACCAAACGUUAAUAAUUAAAAUCGUCCAUUUAUUAAACAAUAAUGUAAAUUAAGGAAACAAAGCAACACUUCAUUCAGUAGAUAUUCUUCACCUCGGUAAAUGUAGAAUGACAUAAGGAAUACAUUAAUGUUGACGAUAAGAUGUGAAGUUAAAUUCAUGAAUUGCAAGGAUUCCAAUAUUUCUAAUUAUCUUCAUAUUAUCUCAUUCACAAGCGUAUUUUACAUUCAUGAGACUUUAAAAAGUAAAACCAUUUGGAGUAUUUAAAAAAAAAAGUGUGUAUAUAUAACAGCAAAUAU